GUUGACUCUAAAAAAGCAAAAGAGGAAAACAUAUAAGAUUCAGCUGUGUACAUCUUAACAUAACAUUCAAAUUGUUCCUUGCCACAAGGACCGGACACAGCAGCUGUGUAUCACGGCAUCCUGUCCUGAGUUGGGUGGCUCUGGAGCCAUGUGCAAAGCAUUCCAUGAGCGUCACACAACUGACCUUGCCAUGGAUGGCAGCGGGUGCUCAGAGUGCAUGAGGGGUGUUGCAGGAAAACUUCACUUGUGUCAGUUUCCAUUGUGAACUGGUGGCCCACGCUGGUGCCGGCUGGUGGUGCCGAUCCUAAGGCCUUGCCAGGUGCCUGAACGAGCUGAGAGAGCUUUUAAUUAAAUGGAGCGAACACUGUUAAUCUAACUGCCUGCAGAACACAUAUAUUUUUGUUCACCUAGAAAGGACUGCAGGACUGCAUCUACAAAAAAUCUGUUGUAUCGUUGUUGGUUUGAUUAUUUUUCCAUGCGUUUCUCUUUUAGCUUUGUACUGUAUAACUGAAUUAGUUAAUGUGAUGGAUAAAAACAAAUAGUUAACAAAGCAGGAGGCUUUUUGCGAGUCUUUUUAAUAAUUUCUCUUCAAUUCUGUAUUUUUGGUUCAAUUCUUUGUUGAAGAAAUUGCAUUGAAACAAAUAUUGCUUGUCUUCUUUCUUCAGUCUUUAAUCUGAAGAAAAAAAAUAAUCCCAGUUAAGGUCAGCAAAAGGUGAAUCUCAAAUGGCACCUGUCUCAAAUACCAUUUCUGUCUUGAAAUGCACAAAACCAUCAUUUCCAAAUGAUGGGUAUUUUCAACCGAGCUGCAAUUUCAAUGGACUUAAAUUGUCUUGAAUUAACUCAGCCCAGAAGCAGUGCCUCCUGAGAGAGUCCCUGCCUUCGUUAAAUAUUUUUUUUUUAAUUUAUAAUAUUAACCCUGGGCAUGGGUAACGAGUACUGGAAAUCUCUUCCUUGUACUUGUAAACCUUGUUUCUCAAUUUCAACCCAAGGUUCAAAGGUUUGUACAGAUCUCUUAGAUCAGAGGUCAGGUACAAAUUGCUGCACUUUGCAGCUUCGUUCUGCCGAUAUGACAGAAUUUCACAGCAGAGACGAUUACCUUCCAUCCCCCCUCUCCUCCAUCCACAGGCAACGCCAGGCAGUUAAAAGCAUGAUAUGUACAAGCCAGCCAUUGGUACCUGAGUUUAAUAAAUAACUAACUGAGUUUCAGUGGUGCAAGGUGCACGUUAUAAAAAGGGGUCAAAUGUCAGUGCACAAGGAAAAAACCAUGCAGUCUCUGACUAAGCCAAAUGCUUUGAGUUUAAUGUGCUUUCAGCUGCAAACAUUCACAUCCCACUCUGUGGUUCUCUCCAUGCUGAUUUUAAUUUCUGUAACCUGGGGGAGAGGGAACACAAGUUGGGCCACUAUCAGUUUUCCCUUAAAUCGCAGCCGAAAUCAGAGCAGCAGGCUGGGCACCCAGCAGUGAACGUGUUGUCGUUUUGUUGUAAACACAAAACUGUGAGAAGUUCAAAAUAACAACAGCAUGAAAUAUGAAAUAUUAGUUAAAACUGAAAUUUCUUACACUAUUGUUCUAACACUGACAUAGUAAGUAGUUUUUGUGUAAACAAUCCACAUGCCAUAUUCAGGCACAGUAUUCUACAUUCUAGUUACCAGCCUAUCUCUACAUCCAGAGUUCAGCAAAGCAUUUCACAGACACUCACAGUCGUUGAACUAGGUAGCCCUCUUACAUAUAUGUAUAAAUAGGAAUUGGAGCCAUAUGUGUCUCUUACAACUCAGAAUAUUCUAUGAUUCUAUAUAGUGUUUCUUUUUUUUUUUUUCUUAGAAAUAAGAAGUGGAAUAGAUUAAUGUCUUAUCUUUCCUGUAUAGCACUUAAUAGAUGAUUCUACUUUUGUUUUUGCUUUUCAACUGCCAAAGAUCCCUUCUAAAGUCUUUUUUAUGGCAAAAGCUUGCAAGCUCAUAGUCACCCUAGCUGAGACACUUCUUCCUCUCCUGGGAAGUAUGCGCUCUAAAGCAGAUUGUUGGUGACACACUUUUCUGUACCAGAUUCUCUGUAGAGAACACUGUUCAACUGCAUUUGUGAUAAACUGACUUUGGAAGAAGUUCUCCAUUCAUUCCAGCUCAUCUACAGUAGGAAAUACUUGUUACACACAAAGUGAUGACGUUGCACUUUAUUUAUAUGUCAUACACUUUCCUGUCUGACUGUGGUAAUAGACUUUGUGGACUAAAUUGAAAUAUGUGAAUCUGUGGAGAAGGGAAGAGUUGUGUUUCCUGAUUUGGAAAGCUGAUAAGAGUGAUUAUAUGACUCAUCUCUCAUUUUCUUGGCCUUCUUCAACACAUGGCUUCAAUAUUGUGUAGGAUAGUAUCUGCAGGCACAGUCAGUAAUGGCUCUAUUGAAAUACUAAGAGUUGUAUAAUUAUUUUGAGUUGGACUGGGUAAAAGAUAGGGCUGGGACAAACUAUACGACACAAAGGUUACACAACUUGUUGGGACAAAGUUCUGAAUGGCUUGCAGCAAAGUGCAUUAUACAACGAGAAAAGAGACUGGGUUUCACUUACUCCAACUUUCUUCAGAAGUGGUUUAAGUUGAGAUGGCUGCUGUCACACUGGGGUAGGUUAAAACACUCAAGAAACACACUCUCCAUUAACAAAAUGUACAUUGCAGAAACAGAGAAAUAAUAAAUGUGUAGCUGAGAUGCUGUAGGUGUUGGUAGUGCUUUGGCAGAUACCAGUAACUUUUUCAUCAACGUCACAGGCUGAGCUCCAGACUCAGGAACCUUUUCUGGCUUUAUUAAUUGGGUUAUCAUUUUUUAAAGUUUAGAUUUGCUUUAAUAGUCUUUCUGUGGCUUCUAGACCAGGAGGUCAGAUGGUUGAGGAGCCUCCAUCCUUGUGAAUGAUCACUCUUGUGCAUUGAUAGUGCUGAUGGAUAAUACUAGUGGAAAUUCUGACAGGCUUUGUAGGAUCACACUCCAAAUUAAAUAUGUCUUAAAAGGGUGUAGAAAGGGUUGGUAACUGAAUAAACAAGAAGUUGGCACAAUACAAACUUAUUAUGUAGGGGAAUCAUAAUUUCAGUUGCAUUUCUUUUUCGGUAUAAAAUUGCUGUGACACAAGAUUAAUUUAACUACAAGAAGUGAUAUAAUAUGGCUAAGAGAAUAAGGUCUGUCAGAGCUAUUACUCUUAAUGAUAGUGAUGAAAACGAGAAGCUUAACCUUGGAAUCCUAGUCUGAAGUUGUAGCCAGUGACCGACUCUGUAAAUUGAGGCAAAUUCAAACUCCCUGACUAGAACUGAAGUUUUAACCAGGGAAAUUCCAGCUUGUUAUCUUUCUGAAUAAUUUCAGAUGUUUUCCUCAUAAGUAGGUGAAAGUAAUUAAAGAAUAGAUUUAGAGGAACUUUACUAUCAUUUUUUUAACUAAAUGUGCUGAUUUCAUUGGUGCCUGGGGGACGUAAUCUGUCCCUGCAAGACUUUUAAGGCAGGGAUUGCAGCAGUACUCCUCAGUGUCUUACAAAUAUAUUCAUAGAAGCCAUUAGUCCCACAGCUGAUAUCGAUGAAGUAGUGCUAGAUGCUGAUUGUGCUUCUUUUUGGAAGACUCAAUAAAAAACUGGAACUGUCAAUCAAAAAAUUCAAUCAACAGUUUUUAGCAUAUUUGGAAUUAAACUAACCACUGUUAACAUGCUUGCACCACAUAGGACAAAUGUAAGCAACUGAGAAUUGUGUACAGAUCCUUUCUCUGCAGGAGGCACAUGCUGAAAAUGACUCCUCGAGCCCAUAACACUGACCUAGUCCAUACCAGGAAAAGACAAACUGGUUGGAAUAAAUUCAUAGUGUAAGCCUGAAAUGUGUGACAGGACCCCUGCUGGUCAAGAUCCCUGAUGUCAUCACCACUUCUGCAAGUGGGAAUUUCAGCUGCUGGUUUCAGGAUUAAUAGGUCAGACAUUUCUUCUGUCCUGGAAAACUUUAUUCAGGUGUAUCACAGACUCAUAGAAUCAUUAAAGCUGGAAAAGACCACUAAGAUCAUCUAGUCCAACUAUCAGCCCAUCCCCACCAUGCCCAGUGUCCCUCAGUGCCACAUCUAUGUGUUUCUUUAACACCUCCAUGGAUGAUGACUCCACCACCUCCCUGGGAAGCCUGUUCCAAUGCCUUACCAUUCUUUCUGGGAAUAAAUGUUUCCUAACAUGCAACCUGAACUUCCCCUGGUGCAACUUAAGGUCAUUACCUCUUGUCCACAGAUGAGAAGUCCUCAAAACGUAUUAAGCAGCUCUUCUCUUCAGAUUGACUCUUCCUAAUACAGUCACCAAGUCUCUAGUAUUUGUCUUAGUGACUGUACUCUAAUACUCCCUGGCCUUACUUCUGUACAUGUCAGUCUGGCUUAAAGAGAGAUGGGUGAAAAGAUCUGACUUGGCUAAGAGGUAUCAGCCACUUCUGCUACUCUCAUGGUUCCUUUGUCUCUACAGGGACCCACAAAGCUCUCCUUUAGUCCUGGUGGUGAGAUUGCUCACACAGCCAACAUGUCCUUAUUGAUAACUACACAGGUCUGAUCAACAAGUUUACUCUCCCAAGCUGCUCACUGUGUUAGCCACUUUCUCCUCAGACAUCUGCCUGAAUGACCCAGAGCAGGAAAAGUCACCUCUUCAAAACUUUCAUUGGGCAUUUGAGCCUGGGGCAACUUUUUCACCCUGCUCAGUUGCAGGUAAAGCAAUGUGUCUGACACGUUGCAGAUAGCCAUCACAGUCUGUUGGCCUCGAGUGUUUCUUCUUUGUUAAAUGUGCAAAGACAUCAUCCAUCCUUCUGCUGAACAAAGAUGUUUUCCCUGGAGACCUUCCCCUUUCUGUAAGAACAGAUGAGAAAAGGUCUCUGACCAGAAAGCCAGACCUAAAUGACCUGCUCCCUCUUGCACCAAUGCAACAUGGGUCUCAACUUCAGACUUUUGCAUUUUUGUGAGUGAUAGCAGGUGGGGAGCCCAGCUCUUGUCCACCAUGGAUAACCAUGGUGAGGAUUAGCAUCUGACCGCAGCAAGCAGCAGGCAAAACAGAGCCAGAGGCUAUGGUGAGGCGUGUUCCUACAAAAGAUAGGACUUUGUUUCACCACUAGUGUGGGAAGGAGCCCUGUGACAUUGUAUACACAAAAUGAAUGUAACAAUCCCUGGAGUCUUCAAGGGCAGGUUCCAUGGGGCGCUGGGCUAGUCUGAUCUAGUGGGCAGCAGCCCUACCCACGGCAGGGAGCUGGAACUGGGUGGGCUUAAAGGUUCCUUUGAACCCAAAUAUUCUGUGACUCUGCAAUUGUAUGUGAACUUGCCAUGAGAAGAGUCAACUUUAGAAAAUACAGAGAUUUAACUGCUGCAGGAAGUCCAGAGCUGCUGCUGCAAGUCAGCAGCAGGAUUUCUAUUUGCCCUUAUUACUGCAAUGUAAAAAAGUAGGAAGGUCACAUUUGAAACAGUAGCUGAUAUUUCACUCUGUCAACAUGGUGUAUUUAGUUAAAACGCUGAUGGCUGACCUUCCCUCCACAGCAGCAGAGGCUGCAGCACACAAUGCGAAGCUGCAGCAGCUCCAGAAGUAAGCAGGCUGACGUGUCCAUGAGGGCACAUUCUGUAUUUUCAGCAGGAAUUUGCACAGUCCAAAGCACCCAAAAGGGCCAUCAUAGUGACAGCUGGCAGAGAAGUCAAGGCUUUCCCUGGGGAGGGGUCUGGUGCCUGAAUGACCCAGGCACCCCACCAGCUGCAGGUGAGGCACAAGUGUCCCCUGUUCUUGAGGAAAGCUCUGGGUGGGAUGCUUCACGCACUACCUAGGCUCAACAUGAAGCAAAUGCUAAAGAUGCUUGGAUUCCACAGGUGUCCCUGGGUGCUCCUUUCUGCUGUGGUACCAGCACCUGUUCCCAUGCCCUGUGACUGCUGGUGGCUCUGUGGCCAGUAGAAGGCAAAAAGCAAAACUGUAUGGGUUUUAUCAGGCUUUGAAUGAGUUUGACAUCAUGACCGCUGAGGACUCUACUGCAAGGAUGAGCAACGAUUCCACCAACGUGAGCACCACGAAAGUCCCUGAAGGUGUGGCCGGUGCGCCCAACGAGGCGGCCCUGCUGGCACUGAUGGAGCGCACCGGCUACAGCAUGAUCCAGGAGAACGGGCAACGCAAGUAUGGCGGCCCACCGCCUGGCUGGGAUGGCCUGCACCCUCCUCGUGGCUGUGAAGUCUUCGUGGGCAAGAUACCCCGUGAUGUCUAUGAAGAUGAGCUUGUCCCCGUGUUCGAGUCUGUUGGCCGCAUCUACGAGAUGCGCCUGAUGAUGGACUUUGAUGGGAAGAACCGUGGUUAUGCCUUCGUGAUGUACACACAGAAGCAUGAGGCAAAGCGGGCUGUCAGGGAGCUGAACAACUAUGAAAUCCGCCCAGGCAGGCUGCUGGGUGUGUGCUGCAGCGUAGACAACUGCAGGCUCUUCAUUGGAGGCAUUCCCAAGAUGAAGAAGAGAGAGGAGAUCCUGGAGGAGAUCGCUAAAGUGACGGAAGGUGUACUGGAUGUCAUUGUCUAUGCAAGCGCUGCAGACAAGAUGAAGAACAGGGGUUUUGCCUUUGUGGAGUACGAGAGCCAUCGAGCAGCAGCAAUGGCCAGGAGGAAGCUCAUGCCAGGAAGGAUCCAGCUGUGGGGACACCAGAUUGCUGUCGACUGGGCAGAACCAGAGAUAGACGUGGAUGAAGACGUCAUGGAGACUGUUAAAAUCCUCUAUGUGAGGAACUUAAUGAUUGAGACCACAGAGGACACCAUUAAAAAGGUCUUUGGGCAGUUUAACCCUGGCUGUGUAGAGCGGGUGAAAAAAAUACGUGAUUAUGCCUUUGUGCACUUUACAACCAGGGAAGAUGCCAUCCACGCCAUGAAUAACCUUAAUGGUGUCGAACUGGAAGGCUCGUGCCUGGAGGUUACCUUGGCCAAGCCAGUGGACAAGGAGCAGUACACUCGCUACCAGAAAGCAGCAAAAGGAGGGGCUGCAGCAACACCCGAAGUAACUCAGCAACCUAACUAUGUUUACUCUUGCGAUCCAUACACACUAGCGUAUUAUGGAUAUCCAUACAAUGCCCUGAUAGGGCCCAACAGAGAUUACUUUGUGAAAGCAGGCAGCAUACGAGGUAGAGGGCGAGGCGCAGCCGGCAACAGAGCCCCAGGCCCCCGUGGCUCCUACCUGGGGGGAUACUCUGCUGGCCGUGGCAUAUACAGCAGGUACCACGAAGGCAAAGGAAAACAGCAAGAAAAAGGAUACGAGCUAGUACCCAACCUGGAAUUACCAGCUGUCAACCCAGUAACCAUUAAGCCUGGUGCAGUGGCCAUCCCUGCAAUUGGUGCCCAGUACUCCAUGUUUCCAGCUGCACCACCGGCCAAGAUGAUGGAAGAUGGCAAAAUCCACACAGUGGAGCACAUCAUCAACCCUAUUGCCGUCCAGCAGGACCCAGCCAGUGCAGCAGCUGCUGCAGCAGCCGCAGCCGCAGCAGUAAUACCAGCUGUGUCAACGCCUCCCCCCUUCCAGGGCCGCCCCAUAACCCCAGUGUACACCAUGGCCCCCAACGUGCAGAGGAUCCCCGCUGCCAGCAUUUAUGGGACAAGUUACGUGCCGUUCGCAGCACCCGCUGCAGCAACAGCAACGAUAGCCACUCUACAGAAGAAUGCCGCCGCUGCUGCCGCCGCCGCUGCCGCCUAUGGGGGCUAUGCUGGCUACAUACCUCCGGCCUUCCCAGCUGCCACCAUCCAGGUGCCCAUCCACGACGUCUACCAGACGUACUGAGACUGUCGGCAGAGAAACAAACACUGAAGGAACACUUUACUAUUUAUGAAGAAUGCGCCUGCUGCAGGAGAGUAAUGUCAGGACUCAGUAAACUGACGCAGAACCUGAAAGUGAAGAAUGUCACAGAAAAACAUGUUCAAAAUGUUUUCUACGCUUGAAGUUUUCACUAACUUUUUUUAGGCUAUUUUUAAAAUUUAACAUGCCUGUAUUCAUACAUUUCUAAACGACUUUGAUGCAGCCACCCGUCACUUAUGUGCCUUUAUACGCAUCACAGUGGGGUUGCACAGGGUCCUUUUUUUUAGCAGUUAUAUUUUCAAUAUAUUUGUGGUAUGAAGGUUAUUUUUAGUAACUACUGCACUCCAGAGAUGUCUAUUUUGUAGUGCCUUUAAUAAUAUAUCAGCUAUAUAUUAAGAAGCACACCCGAGCAGCUAGGGAAAGUUUAAACGAUAUAUUUUGAAGAAUAUAUUCAAUAUUUAAAGAAUACAUUCCUUAGAUUUUUUUUUUUUUUUUUUUUUU